CUUCUAAGAUUCAAACAAAAGAGAAGACACCAUUAAUUUGCAGAAAGAAAGUAAUAAAGAGAGAGAUGACCAGAAGGCAGAAGAAGACGGCGAAGGUGGUAACAGUGGUAAUGGGAUUGUGUAUUGUCGCCUACAUUGCAGGACCAUCUCUGUAUUGGCAUCUCAACGAGACCAUUGCAGAUUCUCUCCACUCCUCUUGCCCACCUUGUGUAUGUGACUGUUCUUCUCAGCCUCUCCUCUCCAUCCCCGACGGAUUAAGCAAUCACAGUUUCUUGGAUUGCAUGAGGCACGAGGAAGGGAGUGAAGAGAACGAGAGUAGUUUCACUGAAAUGGUAGCUGAAGAGCUGAAGCUAAGAGAAGCACAAGCUCAAGAAGACGAAUGGCGUGCAGAUAGGUUGCUGCUAGAUGCUAAGAAAGCGGCGUCUCAGUAUCAGAAAGAGGCUGAUAAAUGCAGUAUGGGGAUGGAAACAUGUGAGCUAGCAAGAGAGAAAGCAGAGGCAACUCUAGAUGAACAGAGAAGACUAUCUUACAUGUGGGAGCUUCGAGCUCGGCAAAGAGGAUGGAAAGAAGGAACUGUUGCUUCUGAUGUUAUCUAAGAACAGAUCUUUUGCUAGAAGAAUCUUUUUCUAUAUAAUGGAAACUGUUCAAUAGAGAAUUUGAGUUAACGCCCCUUGAGUUAACCCAAGAUAAAUUUUGUUCAUUUGACAGGUUCUGUAAUUGUUUUUUUUUCUUUCUAAAUCCUACUUUGUAGCGACCUUGACAUUAGUCCGGUCUAGGAUAACGUUGAGGAUCUUCCCAGGCA